AUGAAGAACACCACCGAUUCUGAACCAGAAGAUUUGUUCAAGAGAAAAGAUUCGAGUCAGUGGUCCCAGCUUCCUCGUGAUCUCAUUCGCUCAGUUUUCAAACGACUCAGUUUCGGCGAUUUCGAGCGAGGUAAGUCCGUUUGUUGGUCGUGGUACUGUGUUUCUCGAGAGUGUUAUCCUAAAAACCAGAUCCCAUGGUUGAUUCUAUUCCCUCACGAAAACGACAACAACAAUUGCUGCUGCAAGUUGUUUAAUCCCGAGGAAAAAGACAAGAUCUACACUACAACGCAAGAUCUCGGUUUUGAAAAAGGUACCAAGUGUGUAGCGACUUGUGGUUGUGGAUGCUGGCUUCUAAUGCAAAACCAUUUAUCUAAUUUAUACAUCGUCGAUCUUUUAACACCGGGUGAAAGGAUCAUUCUACCACCGGUGCAAUCACAGCUUGGAAAUAUAAAAGUCGAGCGGAUAGUAGGUGAUUAUUUCCGUUUAAGAACUAGUUUCGUAACUCAUCAGUUCCAAGGCACCUUGACGUAUGCAUGUCAGUUAUGGGUAGACGAGGAAACCAAAGAUUAUCUCGUUAUGUGGACGCUUAUAAAUGAUUGUGUGGUUAUUUGCAAGAAAGGAGAUAAGUUUUGGAGACAGAUUCCACCUGAUUGUUCUUCUGGUUUUGGAGAGUGUCGUGACAUGGUUUACAAGGACCACAAGCUUUAUUAUCACUAUCAUUCCUCCUAUUCCGGUGUUAAUACGAUCAGAGUCUGGGAUUUCUCUGGAGAGAUUCCGCGAAAAGUUUCGGAAACUAUAGUGACUACUGAUUUGAGUAGUGAACCACCACACAGUGGCGGAUCUAUUCAGUAG